AUGGCCAACUCGGUUAACAGUGGUUGCCGUCGUCCUCACUACUUGAUUGUAACUUUUCCGGCUCAGGGUCACAUAAACCCUGCGCUAAAGUUAGCCAACCGCCUCAUCCACCACGGAGCAACCAUCACAUACGCGACCACCAUUUCAGCCCUCCGUCGUAUGGGCGAGCCACCUUCCACCGAAAGCUUGUCCUACGCUUGGUUCUCCGAUGGGUUCGACGACGGUCCCAAGUCCUUCGAGGACCAGAAAAACUACAUGUCGGAGUUCAAACGUCGUGGCUCAGACUCCCUGAGCGACAUCAUCAGAGCCAGUCUCGAGCCAAUCACCGGCGUCAUCUACUCAAUUCUCGUCCCUUGGGCUUCUACUGUGGCGCGUGAGUUUCACCUCCCUGCUACGCUUCUCUGGAUUGAGCCCGCCACUGUACUCGACAUCUACUACUACUACUUCAACGCCUCUCACAACCACCUCUUCGACAAAGAACCGAUUAAAUUACCGAAACUGCCACCGUUCUCCACCGGGGACCUCCCGUCGUUUCUCCAGCCCUCGAAUGUAUUACCGUCCGCUCUUGUAACAUUAAGAGAACACAUCGAAGCUCUCGACUCGGAGUCGAACCCCAAAGUCUUGGUGAACACAUUCUCCGAACUGGAACCGGAAGCGUUAACCUCCAUUGAGAAACUCAGAAUGGUUCCGGUCGGACCGUUGAUUUCCUCCAACGACGAUUCUUCAACAGGUAAAGCUGAUCUGUUCCGAUCAUCAGACAAGGAUUACAUCAAAUGGCUAGACUCGAAGGUGGAGAAGUCCGUGAUUUACGUAUCAUUAGGCUCACACGGGGACGGUUUGUGGGAGAAACACAUGGAGGCGCUCACUAGCGGCGUGUUGGGUACAAGCAGACCGUUUUUAUGGGUCGUGAAGGAGACAAAACCAGAGGAGAAGAAGAGUUGUUUCGUGGAUUUGAUCAGAGGAGAUGAUAAAGGUUUGGUGGUGGGGUGGUGUUCUCAGACAGCGGUUUUGGCGCACCCCUCGGUGGGGUGUUUUGUGACUCAUUGCGGUUGGAACUCUACUCUCGAGAGCUUAGAGAGCGGUGUUCCGGUGGUGGCGUUUCCGCAGUUCGCGGAUCAGUGCACGACUGCGAAGCUUGUGGAGGAUGUGUGGGGGAUUGGGGUGAGAGUGAAGGGAGGUGAGGAAGGACAUGUGGAUGGAGAUGAGAUGAGAGGGUGUUUGGAGAAGGUGAUGGGAGAUGGAGAAGACGCGGAUGAGAUGAGAAGGAUUGCGGCGAGGUGGAAGACACUGGUCGUUGAUGCGGCGGCGGAAGGCGGACCAUCGGAUUUGAAUCUCAAGGGAUUUAUGGAGGAGUGAGACUUCUGAUCUUUUUAGUGUUUAAGGAUGAGGAGUGAAGAUAUGGUCUCUUCAUUCUUCUCCAACUUUCCUGUGCACUACCCUUUCUAAAAAAGGAAAAACUUUUCUAUUCACUGCUGCAAAUUUCAGUUUUCUAUGUUUUAAAGUUUUAAACAUUGAACAAUAGUAAUUUAUCUUACAAUUCUAAAAUGAGAGGAUAUGAAGCCAUUGUUUACUCAAAUUCUGAACUGGGUUUUAGUUUGGGCGAACUUUACACUUUUAUUCGGCCCAAAGAAGGUUCAUUUUUUCUACCCCUAUUUUCUGGUGAAGCUUUUACAGCCGUCUUCCCCGACUUUUCCACUUCGCUUACAUCUCCGUUCUCAGAAUUUGAGCAAUUCUUUAUCAUUCAGCGGUGAUCUUUAAUCUCUUCUUUUUUUGUUUCGUUCCACUUCCCCUUGAUGCUCAUCCUAUACAAAUCGAUGCAUCCACUGUUUCAUUCCACCCAAAUAUCCAUGCCCAUGAAAUCGAUCGGAAGAUCAGUCCUCACCACCGGUAACUCUCCCCAUCGUAGCUGUUAAGAUUGUAAGUUUAUGUGUUAUAUCCAUUGUGGGGAUUUGAUUUGGAUCAGUUCUGUUUUAAAUCUUUAAUCAUGUUCAUCGGUUUGUCAACGAACUAACUCCUAUUCGAUCAGUGAGGGCAAGCUUUAAACUUUUGAGCUGAUGCUUUUUACCUACAGUGUACUCAAUGUCUAGCUGAAAAUUGUCAUAAAUUCAAUCACUUGGAUUCGUUUCGCUGGCGAACAAUAUAAUGAAGCAUCCUCAACUCGCCAUGGCGCGAAGCACAGUAAGGUACACUUCGAAAAGAAUAUCUGUGUAGAGAUAUCAAACCUGAUGAAUUCCCCAUGGGCCUAGGCAGGAAAUUGAACAAAGUAUUCGAUGAUUUAAGUCGCCAUGGCGCGAAGCACAAACAAAGUAUUCGAUGAUUUUAGCCCAUUAACGCUCUCAGUAAAUAACUUGAGUCAUGUAAGAUCACGCUGACCCAACUUGAACAAGAGAUUCAACGGGCCAUAUCACAAGUUGGGCGUAUUCAUUGGAGGGUCUCUUAUAGGAUGAAAUCAACAGAAAGGUAGACUGGGUUGUCUCUUAUAGGAAGAGACCAACAGCAAGGUGGUCUAUUGGUCCCUGCAACACCAGCUCUGAAGCAGUGGUGUUCGAUAUGGAAUACACGAGGUGUCCGGAGGAACAACAUAGGCUGUUUACCAAACUAAGUGUAGCGACUCAAGAGCACCGA